AUGGAGGGUAUCGGGGCUGCCUCGGCCAUUCUCUCCAUCGCAACAGCGGGAAUCCAAUGCUCUGUGAAACUGGUCACCUUCGCAGGCCAAGUUAAGACAGCGUCAGAGCAAAUCACCAGCAUUGCGGAAGAUGUUUCGCUGAAUGCGAGCAUAUUGCAGCAGCUAGGUGAAUUGAUUAAAGAGAGUAUAGUCGAUAAACCAACUCUUUCAAACGAUUCCACAACGGAUAUCAACGACAACAAAUUAGACCCGACUUCCACGGGUAGCGAGAAUGGUCCCACGCCCUCCUGCAUCUUCAGCGCAACGGGUCUAUCAACGGUCCUCCAGCUCGCCGAAAAUGGCCGCGUUAUCUUCGACACUCUAAAUGAUUAUCUUGAGAAAGCAAGUAAGCAACUUGCGACGCGACCGGGUCGGUUGAAUCAAGUGAAGUUGAACCGGGUGGAGAUGCUGAAAUGGCCAUUCCUCAAACCCGACGUGGAUGCAAUGCGUGAACAGCUACGUGAUGCGAAAGGGACGCUCAUGUUGAUGUUGCAAGUUGCUAUGUUGGCUUAUUCGAGGAAGAUUAUGGAGGGAUCAUCGCCGAGCUAUAUCAAAGUCUACUGCCUCAUUCCGGAGGCCUCUGUUCAGGAUUCCCACGUCAAGAUAAGCUACUCUUCUCAUGCCUAUACACUUCAAUCCUCGAGAGUUGAACCCCAAAUUCGAGAAUGGAAGGAUACUUCCAAGUCUACAAUGCUGGCCCAACUGCUCAUUCUCAAAGCCGAGGAGCAUGCUGCGCUAAAUGCAGUGAACACUCCUGAAUACGGCGCCGCGGAUACAAGUGAGCAAGAAACUCUCGAAUGGCUCCAGUUGGGCGAUUAUCAACCGGUCUGCGAGGGAAUCGAGCAGAUCAAAGCCAGAAGGAUCAGCUUGUUCAUAAGACAGGUUUCUUCGCCGCCCCCCUGGACCCAAGAGAUAACCGAAUGCGCAACCUCCAGCACGCGGAAAUCACCUUGUUACUUCAAGGUCUACUCGCUCGUUCCUGGAGCUUCUGUUCGGAACUGCCACGUCCAGAUAACCUAUUCUUCUCGCAUCCAUCUACUGCACCCAUCGAAGGCUGAACCGCAAAUCAAGGAAUGGAAGGAUUCUUCCCAGUCAACAAUGCUAGCUCAACUGCUCGCUCUUAGACCCGAGGAACAUACAGCAUUGAGGAUGUCCAGCUCCCUUCCUUAUGAUGACUCUCAUGACUAUGAUGACGAUCGUGUUGAAGUCCUUGAUAACGACUACCCCACGUGGUCCAAGGACGAAGUCCUGGAAUGGAUCCAGCUAGGCGACUAUACACCAGUUUAUGAGGGCAUUGAGCAGAUCAAGGCCAGAAAGAUGAUUGUUUUCACGAGACUGGCGCCUGAACUUUCCCCUGUCAGUUCUACUCAGGAAUCCGAUUCGGAAUUUUCUUGGGAGCGGAGGAAUAUAGGGAUUCGCCGCGGGAGGCGGAGCGAGGUUAUCGAUGUUUGUCAGCGCUUCGAAGAAGAGCAUAUGGAUAUAGAGACUCGCCGGAGGGCAUCUUGCCGGACUCGCCGGAGCGAUUCCACGAGCCAGACUAUCGAUGUUUGUCAGUUCUACGAAGAAGAGCUUACCGACUCGGAACAAGAAGAGCAUAGUGGUGGAGUCGAACAAAGAGUGUAUGAAACUGGAUCGGAAUUUGAAGAGAAUAAGAGUACCCACGAAGAGGAUUUGAGUGCAGCUGAUGAGGAAGACGGCAUAGUGCAAGAGUUGCUGGCUAGAUACACCGUCUGA